AAAACACUUUUUCUAUUUCACACUUGGAAAACUAAACUAUAGUAUUUACGCUAUCCCUUCCCCUCUAUAAGGUGCCCCUGUCUUAUGGCUAUCUCCAAGUACCUACUAGAUUACAUCAUAAAGGAAGCAGCCGGGAUACUUGGCCUUGAUCUGCUGCUCAACCCACCAGUAGGGGGUGAUGUAGGUGAUGUCAGUCCCAUCGGUAGGGCCUGCACCGCCGGUGAGGAUUCCAACAAUACGACCAUCCCUCGCAAGGACAAUGGACCCAGAGUCGCCAGCAGCAGAAAACUUUCCUCGCGUCGUGUCAUAGGUCAAGACAGCAAUCUCGAUGGAGGUCUUCUCAAUACCCUCCGAGAACGUUUCCGACGGAAGGUAGGGUAAUAGCGUCCCAAAGGUAGGGUAAGUGUGUCCAUGGUGACAUGAAAAUGGUCAGUGUAGGUGCGGGUGAAGGACUCAAGACCGUUGGCGCGACCGACGGUGGUCCCUGUAGUCAACCCAUUCUUCACUACCAGCAGACACUUCUCACGAUGGACAUCGAGGUGCUGGGGGUUACGGAUCUCGUCAUCCAGAACAACACCGUAGGCCUGGAGAAGACCAUCUGCGGGGUAUUGGUAGUCUGCUUGAUCAACGACCUGAGGGAACAUUGUGUUGCAAAAGCCAGUGGGUGUGAGGUUACCGCCUGUGGAGGAAAGAAAAGUAAUAGUCAGUUAGAACUGAAUACAAGAAGGCGGGGGGUGGGAAAGACAAUGAGAGAUGAAAAAGACAAGAUGGAGGCGAGAGGGAGAUAAAGAUAUGGCAAAAGACGUACCAAUGUAUACCUUGUUUCCAUUAAACGUAGACCAAUCAAUCUUCUCGUUGUAUAGCUCAAUCAGUGCCCAGUCUUUGGUAAAACCAUGGGGUGCGGCCGAGACUUCGACCUUCUCAGAGUGAAGCAAGAAGCCAAUAACGCGUUGGUCAGGUGUGGUACGGCGCUUGGUAACCUCGUCAUGGAGUGCAUUCACCUCCUUGAUCUCCUGUGUCGCUUUCUCUACCAACUCCAUGUACUCCUUGCGCCUCUGGGUGACCUUCUUGUUCUCUGCCUCGAUGGGUUCCCCCAGCCUGCCAAGGACUUUGUUUGAGAUUUCGAUCGAGUGGAGGUGGUUGCCGAUGGUUCCCAUCAUAGCCUUGAUAGCGUUGUUAUAGCCCAUGUUACCGAGCGCGAUGAACUCCUCACGAGGCUGGCUUGUGUUCCUACGUAUCAUGCCCAUGUUGGCGUGGAUAGGAGGGGGACGGGCAACAUGGGCGCAGGUCAGGAUGGCUGUGCGCUUGUCAUCUUUGCUAAGGCGGAAGUAGAGAGCGGCGGUGCCCUCAAAGUAGGGGUACUUGAGGGGUGCAAUGGAGAGACCAAGAGCGGUGGUAAAGGGCUUUCGCAGGUCAGGGACAUCAUCCAGGACGGGGUUGAAUGAGAGAAGCUUGGGGCCAGCAGCAACUGAACGAGUCACUACUGACUCGACAAAGGCUACCUCGAUGGAUGGAAAGCCAACCCCAGCAAGGAUCUCCUUGACAGCAGCAGCAGCGGCAACAGCGGCAUCGUAGAGGAGGGAGUAGGGCUUCACACCGAUGGAGAGGAUGAGAGAGCAGAAGGGCUUGGCCUCCCCGGUAUUAGCGUAGGCAAGAGGGUUGAUGGAUGUCCACUGUACACCAAUGGAGUCGAGGUGAAGAUAGAUGCGCUCGCCAAUAGUGAGCCAAGUGGGCCCAAUGGCGUGACGGUAGACCGGGCGAGCCUCACGUUCAAUGCCCUGAGCCUGAGGGCCUUUAGGGACAUGCCAGUGAGGGCCGGACUUGAAGACACAGGGAGUGCCGCUUCCAUAGAAGUCACUGUAGGCGUUGGGGUACUUGUCACUGAGGCGUGUUGUCUUAAAGAUGACAUUGUCCGUCGUCAACCUCUCGCCAUUCUUCGCGAGUGAGGGCUCGCCGAAAGAGAAGGCAGUAGGGGGGAGGGGAGACUGGUUCCCAACAUGCUUGGGGAUGGCUAAGCAGGCGGCAACAAACUCCUGGUCGAGGUUGAGAUGGUGAACCGGGAGGGAUGACACUGUUGACAGGGGGGUGGGAAAAAAAAAAGAAACCUAUAGUUAGUAAGGAGGAGAGAUUAAUAAAAGCGAAGGAGAAUUACUGGUAGGAGGGCAGUCUUCCUUUGGUGGUGAGAAGCUGGGAGGUGGAGGCGGUGUUGUUGGU